AUGGCAAAUCUGUGUGAUAAAAUAAAAAGUGACUCAAGUCUGGAUGAAAAUCCAGUAAAGAAGUUAAAAUUAAGUGACGACACAGAUCUUUCUAAAGAUAAAAGGACUGUAGCAACUAUGUGUGGCGCUUGGAGGCCUGAAGAAGAAGAUGGUGGACUUAUCUUUGUUUUUAAAACUAGAACCCCAGCGUUGAGUCCUGAUCCUACUAAAGAAUGUGAUUAUCCAGAGAACAUAGAAGACUUUUGGGAAGGGAGUUUCGUUAACACAGAUAUAAUACAGGCAUUUUAUUUGAGGUUUGGAUCAGCGCCAUCUCUUAAAGUAAAACGGAAUUUCGUUGUGUAUUGGAAAAAAGGACAAGCUACUUCAAUGUGGUUCAACCUAUAUGAUGUUCUCCUAGCCGACUCCGGCCACGGCGGCCAUCUCAAUGAGAUUAGCCAACUGCGCAGGAGAUAUUAUAGUGCUCAAGUGUACGCGCAGAUACAAGUGCACUCUCUAUUCCUAUCACUCUCAUACUCCGGUGGGACGACCACUCGACACGACCGG